CUGUCUAUUACAUUCAAGGACACUUUUAGAUAAUCAACACCAAUAUAUAUUUGUCUUAAUUUUUUAUAAGUCAAAACCAGAAAAGUUUUGUGAAUUUCAUAAUGACCUCAUACCAAAUUGAGCCUAAGGAUGUCUUGGGAAAGAGGUUUGGACCAACUACCCGAACCCGCGACCAUUCCUCAUUCCGAUUCGGGCGGGACUCUACUCCACCAGUCUUCCAAAAAUCAGCCUUCCGCAGCACACUGGAACCGGCUUCCAUGGCUAUGGAAAUAGAUUCAGCGACGCCGCCUCAAAUCAAAGAAGACGACCUCUUCAAGGCCGCUGAAUCCGGCGAUUCCGAGCUUUUCAAAUCCCUCUCAGAAGACCAGCUUCGCAAAGCCCUCGCCCUCCGCAACGAAGAUGAUCGCUCUCUUCUGCACGUCGCCGUCUCUUACGGCCACGCCGAGGUUGUGAAUGUAUUGUCUGCUGCUGAAUCUUCAAUCAAUGGCAUAAACUGUGGAGAUGAAGAAGGUUGGGUGCCUCUGCACUCUGCUGCAAGUAGUGGGAAUGCAGAAAUUCUGGAGAUUUUGCUUAGCAGAGGAGCUGACGUGAAUUUAAAAAAUAAUGGCGGUCGCACUGCUCUACACUAUGCUGCAAGCAAAGGCCACUUGAAGAUAGCUGAAGUUCUGGUUAAACAUGGUGCAAAUAUCAAUGCAAAAGACAAGGUUGGGUGCACCCCAUUGCACCGUGCAGCGAGCACAGGGAACUCUACUUUGUGUGAAUUCUUAAUUGAAGAAGGAGCAGAGGUAGAUGAAGUGGAUAAAGAAGGCCAGACUCCUCUCAUGACUGCUGUCAUUUCCCACAUGAAAGAUGUAGCUUUGCUUCUUAUAAGACAUGGAGCAAACGUUGAUGCAGAGGACAAGGAAGGUUACACUGUGCUUGGCCGAGCUUCGGAUGACAUUCGCCCUGCACUAAUUGAUGUUGCUAAAGCCGUGCUUGAAGGAUGAACUCUAAGAAUCAGACAAAAAACUAUAAUCAGCGCCCAGUCAAGUAAGUAGUGCAAGAUCGAGUUUUAACUGGCAUUUAUUUGUUUGAUGAUGAAUCUUGCUUUUCUCUAAAAAAAACCUGAGCCUGUUUUUGGUUUGUAUCACUCCGUAUGAUGUUUCAGAAAUGUAAAAGAGCACCUCAAAUAUUAGAAAAAAAUGCAAUGUGUUCUU